AUGAAGAACGCUAUUCCAUCUGAUAUAUGGGAAACUAAGCGUAUAUUAAUUACAAAGUUAUACAAAGAUGAAGAAUGGCCUCUCAAGCAUGUUAUCAAGCUUAUUCAGACAUCCGACUUUUGCCCUAGUGAGACCCAGCUUCGGAGCAGAUUAAAGAAGUGGCAUGUCACCAAGCCGUCCCGCAAGAAGUAUGGCAGUCACAAGACUCGGUCUGAGAAGAGUACCUCACCCGAAAGUUCUCAAUCAUCGCCAUUUCUAUCAUGCGGUUCAGGCGAUAUGAAACAAAAGCUGCCCAUUGUUCACCUUGAACCAUUCCAGUAUGAUAGAAAUAGCAGAAAGCAUGACUCUAUUCCUCCUGAGAAAGAGGAACAGUCCAUACCUAAACUAUCAGGCGCAGAGCAGCACAUUUUGAAGUCCCAAAGUGACCAGUAUCUGACGUCCCUUGAUACAUCUGUCAGACAAUUUCCCUGUACCCCAGGUACGAUACAAGAUUUCUUGGAUAGAAUCCUGUCAACUUCAACACCCUCGAUGCCCUCACAUUGCGCCCAGGAAUGCACAGAAAAUACAACACUAUCAGAGGAUGAAGCAACGGACUCCCUAUUUCAGUGGCAAACGAAUUCUAUCGAUUCCAAUAUGGAUAGCCUAAACUCCAGGGGAGCAAAAGAUCAAACGGGCCACGACAUGGAAAUGGGCACACAGCUAGACCCGAUAACAUCAAUGGACCCUUCAAUAGCUGACUAUUCAUCUUUCAGCGUCGGUUGCAAUCAUGGUACGCAUCCACUUCAAUACACAGCUCUCCUCCCGUGGUGCAUGGGUGGAACUCUACCGUGCAAAAAUGCAAAUAACUUGCCUCACUCCCCGAAAACUGCUGCAGCAUCCGCAUGGAUUGAGAAAGAGCAAAGGUCUGGAAAGUGCUGUGAAGGGAAGGCAAAUUUGAGACCCGAUCUUCUGGAUACCAUUAUCGAGGAGUCCCACUUCCCAGCAUAUUCGUUAUCUAAUUACAAAGUUCCUUCUCCUCACCAUAUAUGCCCGCAUUCAAGGUCAAAGGCCUGUUGCCUACAAUCUCCUUACACACAGUGUUGA